AUGAAGCUGGUGGUUCUGUUCAUGUUGGUCACCAUCCCCAUUUGCUGCUAUGCCAGUGGUUCUGGCUGCAUUAUUCUAGAUGAAAUUAUCAACAAGACAAUUGACUCGUCUGUGUCUGAGGACGAAUAUCUACAAUUGCUUAGUCCAUAUAUAUACACACCUCUUACUAGAAAUGCUGCCACGGAAUUCAAACAAUGUUUUCUAGCCCAGGAUAAUGCGACUCUGGAAAAUGUUAACGUGAUGAUGGAGGCAAUAUAUGACAGCAACAGCUGUCAAGAGUCGUCAUAA